AAACAGAGGGACUGAGUUCUCCAGACCACCUGUUUAAAUAAAAUGACAAUCAAACAGAAAAAACAUAAAGCUCUGCAUGCCAUAUGUUAAUUAUAGUCAAACGCUUGUUUUGUCUGUAAGUUAUUAGCUCCUUAGCAUCACAAGCCAAAAUGACCUGCUUUGUAACCAUUCAUUUAACUCUAUUAACUGUCUGUGUUAUCAUUUAAAAAGAUGGAGCCAAAGCACAGAGAGCUCCUCCGAGCUCAGAGGCUCUAUCUGUGUGAGCAGCUCAUAGUGGAUGAUACGGUAGUCCAGUAUUUGUAUCAGGAGGACAUUUUAACCGAGUGCCAAGUGGAGGAAAUUCAGUCACAGAAGUCUAACAAAAACAAGACGUUAAUGCUGCUUAGUAUUCUUCCAAGCCGCGGCCCCAAUGCUUUUAAUGUGUUUGUAGAAUCCCUCCAGCAGGACUUUCCCUGGAUUAAAGAGAAGCUACUGCUUUUAGCUGAGAGUGAUGAUGAUGGAGGAAGGGGAACAGAGCUGUCCAACACCACCGCCCAGUGGGCCAUUUCUGAACAUGUCCUCCAAAUGGUUCCAUCUGAUCAGCAGCUGAAUAGGCUGGCGUCUCGGCUUGGCUUGGAGUGGGAAAUGGUGAUGCUGGAUUUGGGCUUGACAUCGGUGGACAUCUCCCGCUGCCGUGCAGAUCAUCCUCACAGCAGUCAUAGUCAGGUGCUGGCAGCUCUGGUGAUGUGGAAGCAGACUCAGGGUCGGAGAGCUACAGUCCAGCAUCUACUCCAGAACCUACAGAAUUCAGAAAUUCAUCCUUCUGUCCUCAAACAAAUCUUUAUCUGAGGCUACUAAGACUAAAACUCUGUGCCCAAAUGGAAAAAUGAACACACACGCAGUAGCUGUAUGUUUCAUACAGAGAAGUGUUGAAGAAAGCCAGAAAUUCUUUUUUUUUCUCGCUACUUUGUAAUUUUUUUUCCAUGAUAGAUGGCUGUGCUCUGUAUUGCUGAUAUAUAAAAUGUAUUCAAUAUGUACGUAAGAGCAGAGUAAGCCAGCUUUGCAGAAUUGUGUGCUUGUCAGAAAUUCUAUUGCUUGUAUGCUUGGGAUAUAUAAACACACAUCUAUCUGAUUCCUUUCAUGUUUGGAAUCACCAAUCGUAAUGUAUCUAUUGUCAUCUUCAUGAAACUAGUUUCAGACGACAUUUGCUUUGUGACAUGGUGUGUUUAUGUUGGAAGUAGCUGUUAGAUGAUGAUAAAUUGUGGCCAUGGAGGGAUGCACAUGGCCAGCAACAAUACUCAAAUGGGCUAUGGCACAUGAGAUGAUUGAUAGGCAUUAACGUACCCAAAAUGUGGCAAGAAAACUUUCCCUAUAUCAUUACACCACCUGCACUAGCCUUAAUUGUUGACACAAGAACGGUUGGGUCCAUGGAUUCAUGCUGUUGGUGCCAAAUUCUAACCCUACCAUCUGUAUGUAUCAGCAGAAAUCCAGAUUCAUCAGACCAGGCUACAUUUUCCCAAUCUUCAUCUGUCCAGUUUUGGGAAGUCUGUGCCCACUGCAGCCUCAACUUACU